CCCAAAUUAUCUCCAAAAUAUCUCUCAUCCUUCUCGCAGAGCAAAAGUCAGAGUCACAGUCGCAGGUUCUCUUCCACUGUCUCAAAGGAAGCAAUUUCCUUCAUAUUUGCCCUAAUUUUUACUCUCCAUUUUCGUCUCUCGCUCUCUUCUGUGAGGGCAAUGCUAAUCCUUCAACUCCUCCCCAAAAUUCCCAAUCCAUUCUUCCACCCAUCCAUCGAUUUCAAUCCUUUUCACUCCAAAACCCUAAGAUCCCCAAUUCCCACCCCUAAAACCUUCUCCAAAUCCUACUCUUCUACCGCCGUCAAAUCCGUCCUUCAAUGGAAUCGGAAGCCCGAGCUCGCCGGUGACACUCCCCGCGUCGUCGUCAUCACCUCCGGCAAAGGCGGCGUCGGCAAGACCACCACCACCGCUAAUGUUGGCAUUUCCUUGGCGCGCCUCGGCUUCUCCGUCGUCGCCAUUGAUGCGGACGUCGGCCUCCGCAAUCUCGACCUCCUUCUAGGCCUUGAGAAUCGUGUCAAUUACACGGUUGUGGAGGUUCUUAAUGGGGAUUGCCGGCUAGACCAGGCUCUGGUGAGGGAUAAGAGAUGGUCCAACUUCGAAUUGCUUUGUAUUUCCAAGCCGAGAUCCAAGUUGCCGAUUGGUUUUGGUGGGAAAGCCUUGGUUUGGCUUGUGGAUGCGCUGAAAGCUAGGCAAGAAGGUUGCCCGGAUUUCAUUAUCAUCGACUGUCCUGCUGGAAUUGACGCCGGAUUCAUUACUGCCAUUACGCCGGCCAAUGAGGCGAUUCUUGUAACUACACCGGAUAUCACGAGCUUGAGAGACGCCGACAGGGUGACUGGAUUGCUGGAAUGCGACGGAAUUCGGGACAUAAAGAUGAUGGUGAAUCGGGUUAGAACAGAUAUGAUCAAAGGGGAGGAUAUGAUGUCUGUGCUAGACGUACAAGAGAUGUUGGGAUUGGCUUUAUUGGGUGUAAUUCCUGAGGAUUCGGAGGUAAUUCGCAGCACAAACAGGGGGUACCCUCUGGUCUUGAACAAGCCACCUACAUUGGCGGGUUUGGCCUUUGAGCAGGCGGCUUGGAGGCUUGUGGAACAGGACAGUAUGACUGCAGUGAUGGUCGAGGAGGAGCCAAAGAAACGCGGCUUUUUCUCAUUCUUUGGAGGCUAAGAGAUCAAAUUCUCUGCAGAGAAAGGUUCUCUAUAUCUGCUCUGAUCUUAAGGGGCAAUGUAUAAAUUGGAGUAGAGGGAUUUUGGUAGUGUUAGAGGAGCUGCUGCGACUGCUACUAUUUGUUCAAGAGGAGAUCCUAUGGUAUAAACUCUUUUGAACUGCAGAUGGGGGAGAUGAUGCAAAUAGGGAAGUUUGUUAGAUUUUUAGAGUUCAAGUGAGCCUGCCAAUGCUUUUGCUCAAUUAAUACGCACAUCAAAGUUCUUGGCUGAAACUUGUUCUGAUUCAGGACAUUGCACAUGCUAUGCUAUAAUUUUGACAUAUUCUCUUUGGUUC